CUUUCUAUAGCAGAAACUUCAACAACAUCAUCAUCAUCAAUCUAAUCUCCAUGGGAGAAGUGGAUCAAGCUUUCAUUCAAUCCAUCGAACACCGAGCCAACCUCGAUACCAUCGAAAUCGAAGGAAUCCCGUUAAUCGAUCUUUCACUAUCCCACACUACAGACAUCAACCUACUCGUUUCAGAGAUAGGAAACGCUUGCAAAAAUUGGGGUUUUUUUCAAGUGAUCAACCAUGGGGUGCCUUUGGAAUUGCUCGAAAAGAUUAAGGUAGCAGCUAAAGCAUUCUUCGAUCAACCCAUGGAGGAAAAACGUAAGGUUAAACGAGAUGAAGUGAAUCCUAUGGGGUACUAUGAAAGUGAACAUACAAAGAAUGUUAGAGACUGGAAAGAAGUGUUUGAUUUCUUGAUAAAAGACCCUACCUUUUUGCCAGCUUCGCCUGAGCUUGAGGAUGAUGAAAUGAGGACGUUGAGUAAUCAGUGGCCCGAGAAUCCUCCACAGUUUAGGGAGGUAUGCCAAGAGUAUGCAAGAGAGGUUGAAAAGCUGGGUUACAAGCUAUUGGAACUCAUCGCUUUGAGCUUAGGCUUGCCAUCGAAUAGGUUCAAUGGCUACUUUGAAGACCAACUAAGCAGGAUGAGACUUAACCUCUAUCCUCCAUGCCCUUGCCCCGAGCUAGCACUCGGUGUAGGUCGACACAAGGAUGCCGGUGCUUUAACCAUCGUCGCUCAAGACGAUGUCGGAGGAUUACAAGUGAAGAGAAAAUCGGACGGUGUCUGGGUUCCUGUUAAACCGACCCCAAAUGCCUUGGUCAUCAAUGUUGGUGAUAUUAUUCAGGUUUGGAGCAACGAAGCUUACGAGAGCGUGGAGCAUAGGGUGGUGGUGAACUCGGAACGGGAAAGGUUUUCGAUUCCGAUCUUCUUUUUCCCUUCUCACUAUGUGAUGGUGAAGCCAUUGGAGGAGCUUGUGAAUGAGGGAAACCCACCCAAAUAUAAACCAUACAACUUUGGGAAGUUCAACGUGGCUAGAAACCGCAGUAAUUACAAGAAACUUGAGGUCCAAAACAUCCAAAUUAGUGACUUUAAGAUCAUCUAAUUUUUGCCGGUUUCGAACCGUCGGAAAAGGUUGGGGCUGUUCGGGAUACUAGUUCAGUCCCGAUUUAUUGUAGUUUAAGUUUAGAUAUAUUCUAGUUAAUCAAACCUAUAUAUAUAUUGCAAUGUGAGGUUGGUUUUACAAUUUGGGUAAA